AUGGUGCUGGCGGCCAGAGGGUCCGUGGAAGCCAACAGGGACGCCACGGAGGACCUGCACAGAAGCCCCGACAGCAAGGGAUCCCGCGGAGGCAUCCAUGGGCAGACGACGGCGAUCAUAGCCGCGGUCCUCGCGGUGGUCGUCCUGCUGGCCGCGGCGGGCAUGGCGUGGUACUUCCUGCGCGCGCGAAAGCGGGAGGUCCGUCCGCCGACGCGGGAGGGGUCCAAGCAGACGUACAUCUACGCGUCCCUGCAGGAGAAGGUCGACCUGAUGGACCAGAUCGAAGAGCUCCCGAGGUUCGCGCUGGCGCCCUCGCCCGUCCCUUCGCCCGCGCCCGUCCCCCGACCGACGGCUGCCACGCCGCCGCCGCCGGGCCUUGCGUCCAGCGCGCACGACGUCGACGAGGAGCGCUACCUGCAGAGCCGCUCCCCGAGCCUCGCCUCGAACCCGUCCCGCCGCACAAGCCAGGAGAGCCAGUCGCCCGCGCUGCCCGCCGCGCCCGCGAUCCUCCGCCGGCACAACCGCGACCACAGCCUACCGGAGGGCCCGUGCGUCGCGGGCCCGUCGCGCACGCCGUCUCCGCCCGCGGUGCGGGAGUACGUGAUGCGGUACAACGCGCGGCGCUCGCAGUCGCCGACGGGCGUGGUGGGCACGGUCGUGGAGGCGCGGAUCCGAUGGGUAGGGGUGGGGGCAGGGGCGGGGGCGGGGGCGGGGCGGUCGCUCAGUGGCGACGAAGAAGGUGGGGAGGGCGACGAGGAGCCCUUGCUGGAAGAGAGGGAGCGGACGCAGGCGAGGCUGGAGGGGAGGCCGGAGCAGAAGAGGGCGUCGUCUGAGCCGAGGCUGACGCCGCCUCCGAGCGCGAAGGUCGCGGUGGAAGCUGGGCCGAGCCGGUCGCGCUCGUUCGCGGGGAGGCGGGCGACCGCCCCGAUGUCCUUCUUGUCGCUGUCGUCCUCGGAGGACAGUGGGGAGUCGGAUCCCGUGGUCAGCCAGUCCCCAGAGCCCACGGCCACGCCGGAGCCUGCACCAAAGCCAGAGCCAGAGACACAGGCGCAGUUUCUGUCGCCGCCCCCGGCGCAGCCAAAGCCAAGGCCACAGAGACAACCCCUGGGCCCGGUAGCCUCGCAAGUUGCCAAGAUGGAGGAAAGGGCGGGAGUAGCGUCCAAGCCUGCGAAGUUCUAUGAGGACUCGGGGAUGCGCUUCAAAAACGGUGUCCCCGUCAGCCCUGCACCCGCGGGGAGGCGCAACCCGAACCCGCACUCGAGGAACUCGAGCCUAAGGCCGUUGCCAACGCCCCCCACGGAGGCGACAGAGAACGUGAAGCCUGUGGUCUCCGCGCCCGGGGCAUCGCUGAAGAGGAAGGGUGCGCGGCGAGAGUCAGCGAAGGACGAGGAGGACGGGGUGAAAGGAGUGGGAUACGGUGGAGGGCUCAUGACGAUGGGGUACAAGACGCGGGAGAGGAGGGUGUCGUUGGCUGUGUCCACGAUUUCGCAAGUUCCGCCGAGGUAUACCGCAGAGUGA